AGGCCCUGCACAUUUGGACUGUGUUCAUGUGGAUCAUGACUGCUUCUGCAGUUCCUGCGACUAUCCUCACAUACCCACACAGAUUGGUUGCAGCCAGAGGCUUGCUCUGAAGAGACUGUUGAGCUCUUGGUCCUUGAGCAGUACCUGACCAUCCUGUUGGAAAAGUUCAAGCGUUGGGUGCAAGUGGAAAAGCCAGAGAGUUGUGAGAAGCUUAUUACUCUGCUGGAAUAUUUCAAGAUGUAUGAACCUGAAGACGACAGCAGCAGCGAUGUCCCUGGUGAAGACAGUAUGAACCGGAGAGUCACAGAAUCCCUGCCACCACGCUCCAUGUACUCUCUCUGCAAUGAACGAUAUCGAAACCGAACCCGGGAUCAGGACUGGGACCAAGAAUGGGACCGACAUCAGGACUGGAGUCGGGAGUGGGAGUGGGAACAGGGCCGCAGGGGCAGAAACAGAAACCUGGAGCCUCGAGACCACUGGCACCACCCCAGGCUUCCCCGAGGCAGACUUCCUCAGCAGGAUCUUCACCUCCCAAUGGAGAGAGCACUGCCACACAGGGAGCUGGUGGAGGACAUGGAUGAGCUGAGUCCUCAGGACAUGGAUGCCAUGUCAAACCAGGAUGAUGUGGACCUGGCUGAGGAUAGGGAGCCUCAAAACCCAAUCCAGGACAACAUGGAGAACUACAGGAAGCUGCUCUCUCUGGGGGUCCAGCUUGCUGAAAAUGAUGGCCACUCUCAUAUGACGCAAGGCCAUUCCUCAAGGUCAAAGAGAAGUUCCUAUCCCAGCACCAGCCGAGGUUUGAAAACUGUGUCUGAAGCCAAAAAGGCAACCCAUCGGCGGGGAAUUUGUGAAGAUGAAUCUUCCCACGGGGUGAUCAUGGAGAAGUUCAUCAAGGACGUCUCCCAUAGCUCCAAAGCUGGAAGGGCCAGGGAUUCUAACAAUCGUUCACAGAGAUGCCCCAGGCAGACAGAGAGCAACUGGAAAGGCCUUUCAUUCACCAAGCGGGGGUCUGUGAUUCGGGAGAGGGGUUAUGAGGCAAAUGCCUUUGUGGGAGUAGGUUUUCAUGUGAACUCAACUUUCAUUUCCAAAAAAAGAGUUCUUGAGAGAAAAAGGCGCUAUCAGUGUGACACAGAGGGUCAGGGCUCCACUCAUGAUCAGAAAGGCUAUGCCAGAAAGAGACCCUUUGAAUGUGGUAAAAUGAGAAAAGCCGCGAGCCUGGGCAGCCUUAGCUCCCCCUCCUUCACUGAGUCUCAGCCAGUUGACUUCACAGUGAUGCCCUAUGUGUGUGAUGAGUGUGGGAGGUGUUUCAGUGUGAUUUCAGAAUUUGUUGAACAUCAGAUCAUGCAUACGAGAGAAAAUCUUUAUGAAUAUGGGGAAUCCUUUAUUCACAGUGUGGCUGUCAGUGAGGUCCAGAAAAGGCAGGCUGGUGGGAAAUGCUUUGAGUGCAAGGAGUGUGGGGAGACCUUCAGCAACAGUACUGCUCUUGCUGAACAUCGGGAAAUUCAUGCUAGAGAGUAUCUUGCUAACUGUAAAGAUGAAGAGUAUGAGGAGCCCUUCAUGCCUAGCCCCACCUUCAGUGAGCUUCAGAAAAUAUAUGGGAAAGACAAAUUCUAUGAAUGCAAGGUAUGUAAAGAAACCUUCCUUCAUAGUUCUGCCCUGAUAGAGCACCAGAAAAUCCACGGUAGAGGGAAUUUCUCUGAUGUCAGAGAUAACGAGCGCAGGGAAACCUUUAAGCCUAGCACCAGCCUUCAUGAGCUUCAGAAAAUGUACAGUAAGGAGAAACUGUAUGAAUGUCAGGUGUGUGCAGAGGCCUUCCAUCACAGCGCAUCCCUGAAGGAGCACCAGAAGAUCCAUAUUAGAGGAAAGUCCUUUGAAAAUAAGGGCAAAGUGUAUGAGAAAACUUUCAUUCCUGGCCAGAAGAGGCAUCAGAAAACUUACUCAAAAGAUAAGCUCUAUGACUUUAAAGAUGAUGGGAAUGCCUUUAUGCCAAGCUCCGACCUCAAUGAGCACCUGAAAAUUCUUUCUCGCAAGAAAUUCUAUGAAGGUAGGAGCUAUGAGAAGUCUGUGAUUUGUAUUUUACCCUUCACUGAAUCUCAGAAGAGUCAUACUAUUACACGACCACCUGAACAUGAGGAGGAAGAGAAGGCUUUCACCAUUAGUUCUAACCCUGAUGAAAACCAGAAAUUUCCCAUGAAAAGAAAGGUCUAUGAGAGGAAACCCUAUGAGAGGUCUGUUAUUCAUAGUUUAACCUUUGCCAAAACUCAAAAAAGUCACAGUGCUGGGGGCUCCAGGAGGCCAAAAACAAUGGCAGAGUCUACCAUUCAGAGUGCAGAUGUAGUUGAGCACCAGAAAGUCUAUGCUGGAGAGAAUCCCUCUGAAAGAAAGACAUCUGAGAGGUCGGUUAUCCAUAGCUUGAGCAUCUUUAAAUGGCCCAAAAAUCGCAAUGGAAAUGAAUUUAUUGAACAUCAUGAGAAGGAAGAAUCCUCCAUCUAUAUUUCAGAGUUUAAUGAUAAGCAACAGAAAACUCUCAGAGAAAACCCCAAUGAAGGAAGUAAGAGUAACAACUACAAAGGUUCUGUAAUACACAGUGUGUCACAUGUCAAAUCUCAGAAAACUCUUGCUGGAGAGGGGUCCAGUGAGUGUAAGACUGAUGGAAAAUUGCCUGUUUCCAUCUCAAAUACCAGUGAACAUCAGAAGGCACGUGCUAAAAAGAAAAACAUUGAAUGUAAGAACUAUGAGACUUCUGUAAUCCAAUCCCUUUGUUUUGGUGAACUUGGAACAAUUCACCCUAGAGAGAAAUUCUGUAAGUGUCAGGUGUGUGGGGAAUCCUUUGUCCAUAGCACUGACCUUACCGAGCAUCAGAAGAUUCAUGAUAGAAGGAAACCCUCUGGAAUGAAAAACUAUGAACGAUCUGUUAUCUGCAGCUUAGCCUCUACCAGACUGCAGACAAAUUAUGCUGAGCCCCAAGCACAGACUAGAUGUUUCAAACAGUCACUGAGGUUGAGGUGUGCGGAGCAGCCAGUGCCAAUGAGGUGUGCGGAAGCACCAGCACAGUCGAAGUGUGCAGAGCAGCCAGAGCAGUCAAGGUGUGCAGAAGUACAAGCGCAUGCAAGUUGUGUAGGACAACCAGUGCCCUGCGAGUGCAGAGAGUGUGGAGAAUGCUUUGCUACCAUUCAAGACCUUAGUGCACACCAGAAAAUCUAUGCCCAAGAGAAAGUCCACAGGAAAAAGCUGUUUGGAGACGCUGUUAAUAGGGGUAUCUGCUAUGAUGGGCCUCAACAGGAAGAGCCUCAGAAAAAUCAGCCACAACAGGAGGAGUUGUUGGAAGAUGAAGAAGAGGAGGAGGCAGAAGAUUCAGUCUACAGAUGUAAGGACUGUGGGUUAAGUUUUGCAGAUCGGGCAGACCUUAAAGAUAAUCAGAAAGUUCAGAGACAUCUCAUUGAUACUUAUAAGUACAAGCAAUCUGUGAUUCACACCAAUUCUAUCAGUGAAUAUCAGCAAGAUUCCAUUGGAGAGCAGCUGUAUGAAUGCCCAGCUUGUGGAGAAUCUUUUGUUCAUAACUCAUUCCUUUUUGAGCAUCAGAGAAUUCAUGAACAAGAUCAAUUUUAUGGUCAAAGAAGAUAUGAUGAAUCUCUCAUGCCACCCUUGAUCAUUAACCUGCAGAGACAUGCUCCACAGAAGAAUCCUGUAGGGAUGUUCCUUCAAUGCCGGUUAUGUGGACAAGAUUUUGUUCAUUUCUCCGUCCUUAGUGAACAUAUGAGAAUUCAUGAGGGAGAGAAUUUUCUGGAGCAGGGUGAGAGAAGGGAAGAAGCUCUUGUCCCAGGCCUAGCCGUCCCUGGGUUUCAGAAAAGUCAGACUGAAGAAAGACAGUAUGAGUGUAAAACAUGUGGAGAAUUGUUUCUUAGUCAGUCUGACCUGAGGGAGCACUUGAGAGUUCAUGAGAGAGAUGAGCUCUAUGAUUAUGGGGUCUCCUUUGUUUAUACCUCAUUUCUCACUGAGCCCCCCAAAAGAGAUUUGCCAUUCUACGAAUGCAAGGACUGUGGCAAGUCCUUUAUUCACAACACAGUCCUCACCAAACAUCAGAAGCUUCAUGAAGAAUCCCAGGACGUAAAAACAGAUAUGUUGGUACCACGAGUAGUUCUACAGAUUCGGGGGUCAAAUGUAGAGACUGCAGAACAGGAAGUAGAGGCUGCUGAUGAGCCCAAUGGAGAAGUUGAAGGACUUAAUGGAGAGGCUGCAGAAGUGAACAGAGAAGUAGAAAAGCCCAGUGGAAGGGCGGAACCCAGUGGUGAUGUCAAUGAGUCAGAUGGUGCCGGGAUUGAAGACCCAGAAAAAAGAGCUGAAGAGCCAGAGGGAGUUGUGGAUGAACCAGAUAGUGCUGGAAUUGAAGACCCAGAGGAAGAAGAUGAAGAUGAAGAGAUUGAGAUAGAAGAGCCCUCCUAUGACUGUAGGGAAUGUGGAGAAACCUUCACUGACAACUCAGCCCAUCGUGAGCAUCUGACAGCCCGCGCCAGGGUGAUAGUGUGUGAGGCUGGAAGUGCCUAUGGGAAAAGCUCAUGCUAUGCUGCAUACACUGCUAGUACCAGCACUGGGACCAGCGACAACAAGCACUUCAAUUGUGAUGUCUGUGGGCAGCUUUUCAAUGAUCAUUUGUCCCUUGCUAGACACCUGAAUACUCAUAUUGGCUGAGGACACAAGGCAAAAAUGAGAGAAGCUUCCUUUAGAAUUGGACCCUUACAAAACCAUGGAGAAUUGAAAUUAUCCCAUAAUAGUGCCCAUGUAUAUUCCCA